GUCGUCGGCAGAAACGUUGACCAGUCCGUGAAGAGGCAAAUGACACUGGGUUGAUCCACUGCUGAAUAAGUUAGGUAGGAGCCAGCCAGCCAGCCACAGAGGCAGCACUAAAUGGUGAACUCUGUUCAGGUUGGACACGCCUGACUUCUCUCCAUCGCCAUCGCAGUAGGAUUCAAUUAUUUACGUGCGAGAAAACUUAUCUUACAAGGGCGUCCAUUGCAAUUGUUUAAUUACUGCGCCAACGACGGCCGCUUAUUAUAUUGAUCCGGUCAUCCCAUCUCGUUUUGACAGUCCGUCAGCAUCGUGCGCCGACAGCUCCCCGACAGCAUUAUUCAGAACGUCAUUCACCACGUCCUCAUCUUAAAACCAUUUUACCACCGCCACGCGCGAGUCUUGGUCGUUCAUCAAUUGAGCACGCAAAAUGUCCUACACGCAAUACCAGCAGUAUGGCGGGAAUCCAUACAACAAUGGCCCUAACGCAGAAGCUGGACAAGGCGGCGCAGGAUACUUAGGAGAACCAGAACUGAACCAGGAGAUGUCCAACUACUCGCAGACCUCGAACUACUCGAAUGCCGGCGCUCCGGACGUCUCGCACGCCUCGACGGUCCUCUCGCAACAAGAGUUCCUCCAGCGAGUCGACUUUGCCAAAUCCGAGAUCAGGAACCUGAGCUCGAACAUCCAGGAGAUCGCGUCGCUGCAUCAGCGGGCCCUGUCCUCGCCCGACAGCAAUUCCUCGCAGCAGCUCGAGAACCUGGUCACGCAGACGCAGCUGAAGAACACGCAGAUCCGGGACCAGAUCAAAUAUCUUGAGGGCGAUGCCGUGAAGACGCAGGAUGGCACGAAGAGCGUCAAGGCACGGCAGGCGAAGAACUUGAAGACGGAGUUUGAGAAGAGUCUGAAGGAUUACCAGCAAGAAGAGGUCGCGUACAGGCAAAGAUAUCGUGACCAAAUUGCCAGACAGUAUCGGAUUGUCAACCCCGAGGCGUCGGAGCAGGAGGUUCAGGAGGCUUCAAACAUGGAUUGGGGCUCGGAAGGUGUUUUCCAGACUGCUCUUAAGAGCAACCGCUCAGGACAAGCUUCCUCAGUCCUCGGUGCCGUCCGCGCUCGUCACAAUGAACUUCAGCGCAUUGAGGCCACCCUCACAGAACUAGCAGCUAUGUUCGCAGACAUGGCCCAGAUUGUAGAGGCUCAGGACCCAGUAAUCGAGCACACGGAACAGAACGCCACCCAGACAGCCGAGGACGUAGACAAAGGAAACACCCAGAUCGACAAAGCGAAUGAGCACGCCAGACGCAGGAACAGAUUAAAGUGGUGGUGCUUGUUGGUCGUGGUGCUUAUUGUUCUGGCUAUUGCCCUUGGUGUUGGAUUGGGCGUUGGACUGGCUGCCAAAACGACGAAGACAGUUACUAAUUGAUUGAUUCCCAACCUGGAUUGUUGAUGGAUUGUAUAGUUGAUGGGUUUCCUUGGCGUUUGCGAAGUACCAUAGUAAUCACCAGCCACAGCUUCCACAGCAAGGUUGUUCUUAAUGAAUUCAAGCAUCUUCCGUCGAUUUUAGACCAGAC